AUGAUCACGAAUGGGCCAGUACCGGUCUAUAAAUUCGAAAGAACAGACUCGCCAGAAAAUGGUCCGGUCAAGUAUGACUACAUAUCGCCAGGACAUGUCAUAAAAGCACCAGGAAUUACCCUCAGAUGCCUGGCAACUCCGGGACAUACAUCCGAUCAUAUGUCCCUGUAUUUCGAGGAAGAAGGCGCACUCUUCAGUGGCGACUGUAUACUUGGCGAAGGCACUUGCAUCUUUGAAGAUCUGUACGAUUAUAUGAAUUCACUACAAAAACUUUCCGACUUAAACAUUAGGAGGAUUUAUCCUGGGCAUGGACCAAUUAUUGAGCAAGGUUCAGCUAAAAUUGAAGAAUACAUUGCGCACCGCCAGCGAAGAGAAGACCAGAUCUUGAAAGUAAUCGAAACCCUAACACAGGCAACCAGCAUGCAAAUCACUAAUCUCGUGUACAAAGUAUGUCGCUUCCUACAUUUAUCAGCAAUAAUAUUUUCGUAA